GCAUGACGUCACAGCCCCGCUCUGGAGCGGAAAGGCUGCUUAACUUUCUUGUUUUCAGAGCGACGGGUUUCUUCGUGUCAGCGAGUGUUAAAGUCCUCACAGCUGUCAGGUAGACGAGCACGUACGAAGAAAACAUUCACACACUGAGGGGCAUUAUCGUGAGAAUGCUAUAUUUCCUACCACGCCACAAGAUACACACGAUCAUCACCGUUUUCUUCCUUUUCGUCUCGACUGAGAGAGAGAGAGAGAGAGAGCCAUGCUGCGCUGCAGGAGGUGUCGCAGAAGCAUCUUGGACUCCACUUGUUUGUCAAAGCAGGUUGAGGCCACAGAUGGAAGCUCAUCAGCUGUUUGCAGCAUUUGGCACGUAAAUAUCGACACACUGCCAGAGUGGAUACUGACGUCAGUUCACACGGCUCAGUGGACAAUUGGAAAACUGAACUGCCAAAACUGCGCAGGUCGUUUGGGAGGCUUCAACUUUGUCAGCCGCAGUUCAUGUCCGUGCGGCCUGGACGCCACUGUCCACCUCAACAAAAGCCGCGUGGAUCACGACCACAAACGCCACGUCCUCAUCGUCCGUCCGAGGAGGACGAGGCCUGAGAAGGAGCGGGCCGGUCCGCUGGCGGACGUCUCGAGAACCGAACUGAACAGUUUACGGCUCAUGUCCCACAUGAGUUCUGUUGAGGCCUCUAACCCACUGCCGGACACCACCCGGUCCUCUUUUAGUCCUUCGUACUGCAUCUCUCACAGGAGUCGGUGCAGCGGGGACGAGGAUUCUGCCGUCAGGCCCUCGUGUUUUUGCCCCGGGGGCCUGACGAUCCGGUCUGCGGCAGAGAGGGCAGGUAGAAGAGCCCAUGGCUCUACGGAGUCACCCGUCCUGUGUCCCAGCAGCCAGCAGUUCGACAGGGACGGUGAAGCCCCGGUCGACGGCGCCCCCUGCCGUUCGUUUGUCUCUGGAAGGCCUUGGUCACCUCUGGAUCGACAGCUGCUGCAAACUGCGGAGGACGUUGAGUCUUCUCCUGAGACGGCGGGGAUCCACGAGGAGGUUUCUGUUUCAGACCUGUCCCACAGAGGGGGGUCCAUCUCUGACAGCGGACAGGAGCCGGACGAGGAAGUGCUGCUUGAAGGCUUCAUGGCGUCCACAGCCUCAAGCAGACUGAGCAAAAGGGAGAAGAACCGUCUGAAGAGUCUUCGAAGGAAACAGAGGAGGAGGGAGCGAUGGCUGCACAGCCAGCUGGAGCAGACCGAGAGUGUGAGCGCCCCACAGUCGGACAGUGAGGGCGUCACCUGCGCCGUCUGCCUCGAGGUGUACUUCAGCCCGUACAGCUGUCAGCCGUGCGGUCACGUCUUCUGCGAGCCGUGCCUCCGCACAAUCGCCAAGAACCGGCCGACAAACACGCCGUGCCCUCUCUGCCGCACCCUCAUCUCACACACCACCUUCCACAAAGAGCUCAACCAAACCGCAGAGACCUUCUUCCCGAAAGUGUACGCCGCCCGCAGGCGGAACUUCCAGAAUGCUUCGUGUGCAAAAUGGUCUCUGCCCAGCUCCCGCAAACGCUUCCGUAGCUUCUGGGGGGAGCAGAGGCAGGCGGCGGGGGGACGCUGGCACUUUGUCCACGGAGGCUUCACGCUGGAAGCUCUGGACUUUGGGGACAUGCGCAGCUGGCUCUUCUACAUCGGCCUCGUCAUCGUCUACAUCCAUUCAGUCAACUGGAUCAUGGCUUUGCUCUUCCUCUUUUGCCUCAUCUACUACUACUUAUUUUAAGAUUAGGAGUACAGGUUUAUCUUCUUUUUGUUCAAUUUAAGUCAGCAGUUACUUUAGUGUUAAAAGUAUCCAAUAAGUAUGAUGGUGGUUUUGACCUGAAUCUGGACAUGAGACUUUGGCAUGUUUAGAAAGGUUUACAAUAUGCUCAACUUAAAAAACUGAUUUAAACGGAGUAGAUCAUUCUGCUUGUGUGAUAAGUGCAAUUUACACCGAGGUGUCCUGAUCUACAGUCAAUCUUCUCACUUUGGACAUUAAAACAUCACAAAUGUGUGCUAUUAUUUAGUGAAACCUGUGGGUUGUGGUGUAACUAUUUUGUAAUGGUGGUAGCGAGGAUCAGACAGACAAAAAGUCAGGAUAGUUGCCUCAUUUCAUUUAACAUUUUUGUUCAAAGAAUGAAUAUUUUGGGGAAACAUGCUUGCUCGCUGCCUUGAGAGCUUCAAGAAGAAUGAAAUUGAAGUUGAUGGAAAAAUCAAGUGACAAAGGAGCACUAUUGCCAUUUUCCAAAUCCACACUUGUUACUUCAACAUGGUCAACUCUAAACUACCAAAUCCAAGAAAAGGAAAAAUAUAAGUCUGUAUAAACUGUGCAUCUUGCAAACGCCCAAGAGAAUGAUCCAAGUGGGUCAUUUUUCAUGGUUCACAACAACAAUAAAGCUCAUACGGGGAAAAAUAUAAAUCUCUCAUUCAUUGUGCAGCUUCAGACGAUAUUUAAUGUCUGGCUUCUGGCUAGAGGGACAUAUAUUUUGUGUUAACAAAUAUUGAUUAUAGUCCAAGAAAACAUGCAUUACCAAAUAAUACAAGGAAUUUAACUUGGCGGUUGGUGCAUGGCAUCAGACAGUAAGACUGAUAAGACAACAUAGUCCAAGAAAAUAACAUGUUAAAUGUACAAUUUGACUCUACAUAAAUAAAAAAGAGUAUUAGGCUAUGGGCUAGGAGGAUAAAGAAUAAGCAAUAUGCAAAGGAUAGGAAGGAAUCG